ACCCCCUCCAAAGCGCACACCCCGGCUGGGACUGCCCGUCUCUUUGUCUGAGAGCAGCGGGCUCUUCAAACGAGCAGCAGUAAAUGAUUCACACAUUUAACAGCAGCCAUUCGAACUACACUAACGGAACCCCCCGAGGGACAUUUCUGAGUGCGGAAGUGAAAUCAGCAGUUCCUGGUUCUUGUCCCAGUGCGCAGCCGGGGUCAGGAACAGUGUGUGAGGUCAUAGUUGUCCCACGGGUUUGUUGUGCUCAGCGCAGCGGAACCUCGACGUCCUGUGAGACCGUUUCCAGCUGUGAUCCGGGCGGAGGUUCAUGCUAGAGCAGGAACCCGCCGGCAGCAGCCGGCGCGGCCCCGAACCCCGGCCCGCGGCCGCCGCGCUGUCGGUGCUGGGCGCAGCCGGAGCCGUGGCCGCGGUCGGCUGUUUCUGCGCGCUCGUGUACCCCAUAAUCAAAGAGCUGCGGGCAGAGAGGGUGAGAGGAGAGGAUGGACGUGAAGAGAGGAUGCUGGGUUUCUGGACCAUCCUGGUGCUGUCAGCAGUGGUAGGCUGCAUCUGCUGUGUCUUCUCGUGGACGCUCACCUACCUUGACUCGUACCAGCCUGGCAUGGCAUUCCCAACGCUGCUGACACUGCCCCACUUCAGAGAUGUUUAUGACCACGGCUUCCACAUGGGCUACGGGGUCGCUGUUCUUAAUGGCAUCAUGGCCAUGCUCACCGCCAUCUGGAGCCUCUGCUGACACGCACACACACGCACACACAGACCGUAGAACGACAGUUAAGCCAAAUAACCACAGUAGUCUGUCGUAGUCACAGCUGUGCCCUGACUGAUGACAGCAGUGCAAACACCGGUGGAGGACUGAAGCUGCUGCUUACGUGAUGGCCUGCGUAUACAUGCUGCUGUGGUCCUGCGGUGGGAUGAAGACAGUUGAUGCACAGACUGCAGCAUCUGUGUUUUCACCUGAUGCACUGUAGGUCUCCUGGCUACAGUUCAGGGCUAAAGCUGGUACAGCAGCUCUGGUGGAGGAAACAGAAGAAUUAAACUUUGAGUUUUACAGUU